AUGGAAGAAGUCGAAGCCUACUGGCAGACCAACGGCAUCACUGUCACUGGGUGCGACAUUCCUAAGCCCAUCCUGCGAAUCUACGAAGACAGUUUUCCUAAGCACAUAUCGAAGGUCAUCGAGGCAUUGAACCCUGGCUCAGCACUCAGGGCAAUGCAAGCCCAGUGCUGGCCCGUUGCAAUGAAAGGUAAAGACCUCGUCGUCAUUGAUCUCAAUGGAUCAAAAGACAAGCAUCAGGCGUACCUCGUCCCAGCCAUCAUACACGUUUUGCACCAGCCGGCGGUGUUGCGAGGCUCUGAACCUUUUGUUCUGGUGGUCACAGUGACGCGAAUAGCGGCCCUUCUGGUACAGAAAGCAGCAGAUGAGCUGAAGGCUGGGUCAGGGAUCCGGAUUUCGUAUCUGCUGCCCGGAGAGCCCCGCGAACCGCAACUCAAGGAUCUCGGCGAAGGCGCUCACAUCUUGCGUCGCAACGCCAGGACGCCUCGUGUCUUUCAUGGAGGAGUGUAA